GGGGCGGGAAGGUGGUAGAACACCGCCUUGAGCUCGGUUUGCAGGUCUUUAAGUGGUCGCGCCCCCUUGGAGAACACGACCAGAAGGCGAGGCGGUCCCGGGCUUUCUAGCCGCGUGGUGAUUGGACCACUUGCCACGGAACAUAGUUGAAACAGAAAAUAGGAAGAUGGCAGCAAACCCUUCAGGACAAGGUUUUCAAAACAAAAAUAGAGUUGCAAUCUAGGCAGAACUGGACAAAGAAAAAAGAAAAUUACUAAUGCAGAACCAAUCUUCAACAAAUCAUCCUGGAGCUAGCAUUGCGCUCUCGAGACCCUCUCUUAACAAGGACUUCCGGGACCACGCUGAGCAGCAGCACAUUGCAGCCCAGCAGAAGGCGGCUUUGCAGCAUGCACAUGCACAUUCAUCUGGAUACUUCAUAACUCAGGAUUCUGCAUUUGGGAAUCUUAUUCUUCCUGUUUUACCUCGCCUUGACCCAGAAUGAAGAAAAUAUUUGUAACAAAAGUGACUUUGUAAUAUCAAAUGCCAAAGCUACUAUCAGUUAGUGCUAUACAAACUGUGACUUGCCGAAUUUUGGUGAACUUUUACAUAUUUUGUUUCUUUAAAAGAAAGAUAUGUGUAAGUGAAAGCAAAAAAGAAGGGUGACCAGGAUGAUGAAAGCUCUGGAAGCUGUAUUAUCUGAGGAACUGAUUGUGCUACCCAUGACUGUAACUUUUGUGUAAUGCAGUUUGAUUUUUAAUUCUGAGUCAGACUCUGAAUUAAUUGGAUGUGGUCAUAUAAA